UGGAGUGUCAAAAGUAACAAACAGGGCUGUUUCUGGUUGGGGGAAGGGAAAUUAGCCAAAGCUAAACACACUUGGCAAACAAUUUAACAGUGCGAGCAAUAAAGGAGUAAAACUACUGAGAUACCUGUGGUGUAAACGUCCAGUAAAUCCGUAGGGAUAUGGCUCAGGAGACCAACCAGACCCAAGUGCCUUUACUCUGUGCCAAUGGUUGUGGGUUCUACGGGAACCCCCGGAAAAACGGCAUGUGCUCGGUGUGCUUUAAAGACUCCUUACAGCGGCAAAAUGACAGCGGAAGAUCCAGCGACCCAGUGUCAUCCAGCGUAAGCAGUAUAGGAGAUUCUGUGUCUGUCCAGUUGACGUCACAACAUGAGCGGAACAGUAUUCUCUCCAAGCAGAAUUUCUCAACGCCCACGGCAGCUACAAAAACAGACGAGGCAACAACAGUUUCUCAAGUGGCUUUGACAACACAAGAAGUACAACAUGAUGGCGUGUCGAGCACCAAAUUAGCAAGAAACAUUCAGGAGAAAGCCACCACAGACAAGCUGGUUACAGCAGGUAGCUCAGUGGAGGACAGCACGUUGAGAAGAAAGAGGAAGUUGGAUGAAACUUAUCAGCCAGUUGAAACGGAGUCUGCCUCAGCAGCAGACGUCUCAGAUCAGACCUCAGAUGUACCAGAACAUUCCAAACCCAAGAAAAACCGCUGUUUCACCUGCCGCAAGAAAUUGGGGCUCACUGGCUUUGGAUGUCGAUGCGGACACUUAUUUUGCAGCGUUCACCGAUACACCGACAUUCACAGUUGUAGCUUUGACUAUAAGGCUGAUGCUGCUGAGAAAAUAAGAAAAGAAAACCCCCUGGUCGUUGGGGUGAAAAUCCAAAAAAUUUAAGCUGCUUCCCCAACACCUUAAAAGUUGUGCAUGGCACAAUGAAACACAUCUACAUAUUUUUUCCCUGUGUCCUUUUACCUCUUAAAUUUCUUUAAUUACAAAUACUUUGGUUUAUAACCCACUAAAUAUUUAUAUAAUUACAGUAAUAAUUUAAUUUACUUUAUGUUCUGAAACAUUUGUGUGGCUGUGCAUUUCUGGUGUCUGAACAAAGCUUGCAUGUUUAAACCAUUGCCAGAAUAUGUCUUUUUGUUUUGUUUUAUUUUAGUUUCUUCAAAUAAGGAUCAUAACAAUUUACGUAAUGUUAUAAAAGAUAAGGUUUUCAACAAUUACUGUAUUUGCCCUUUCAAGUACAAGUGAUUACAACUAUACAAGUGGUUGUGUGUGUGCAGGUAUAUGCACCAUCGCUGGAUUAACACGUUUUGCACUUCAUUAUGGACUGUGUUUACUUUUUUUAGGGUACAGUUACUAGUUUGAGUGAAAGUUGUGUGUGACAGAAAUGAGAGUGCUUUAUUUAUGUUUGUGCAUGCACUAUGUUCAUGUUCAAUAAAGUUUUACACAUCACACAUGUAACCCUGUUUAGUUUGUUCAACAUUUCUUUAUUUUUAAUAGACAUUUUAUUUGUUGAUUAUCAGUAAUACAAGUUUUGGCCGUUAUUUUAAUUCAAGCUAAACUAUAUGUUGACAUUAUCUUGGCUAGAUGGGAAAAUAUUUUGCUUACCAAGUAUGCUAACUAAACAGAUGCAACAUUUGUCAAGUAAUUGAAUGGUGGGU